CACUGUCACUAGUGAAAAUGCACGAGGACGAAGAGGACGCGCUGAGCAAGUCGAUGAGCGCGCGCAGGCGCCGCAGGCGCAAAAAGAAGAAGCGCGACCUGUUUGACAUUGACGGUGUGCGCCGAAUCGUCAUGUCUGAGCUGACGCAGAAGAUCGUGCAGUGCGUGGUGGGCGAUCAGGUCACCUCAGAAAGUCCCUGGACCUACGUGAAAAAGGAGCUGGUCCAAGACAAUCUAGAGCUCCAUGAGGAGAGUUCUGAGUUCCUCCCACUGCGGGCGGAAAUCCUCGCCUAUCCCCGCCCAGAGAUUCUGAUUGGUUAUAUUGCCGAUGAAAGCCAGGAGAAAGAGGAGGAGUUCUACAUGUGUGUGACAGAGGGCGCCACUGACGCCGUGGAGAAAAUCAUCGAGAAACUGCGACAGGAACAGGAGGAUCGUCUCUACUAUCAGCUGUACAAGGACGUGCAUCCUUGGCAGUCGCUCGGCGCCGAAGUGGAGGUGGAUGAGGCGCUGGUGCGGCAACAGCGCCCCUUGUUGGAGGUGGAGGUGGAGACUGAGUACCCGAUUUUUCCGGGAAAGGUGCAGUUCCGGAUGCUGCGCGCCGAGUGCAAGCGAGAUGGGUAUAUCGAGCUGCGCUGCGCAGGCGAGGAGAGUUUUUCCAGUGUGGUGCUGCGCCGGAUUGACAGUGGCGUGCAGGUGGCGCCGCUGCUGCGCACCGCUGAAGCCCAAACUAUUUGUACCUACCCCCGCAACGCCACCAGCCAAUACCAGUACGACCCGGGCCCAACUGACGCCCUAUUGGCCGAGUGCGAGCCCGACAUUGCGCGCUACGCCAACCACCAUCUGGCAUCAGUGUGUGACGUGCUCCAAGUGAACGGCGCCAUCAAUUUCUACGCCAACGAUUUCGAUUCGCUGGCCCGAAGCUCCGCCCUGGCCAAUAACAGCCUGUGGGCGGAGCAAACGGGCCGCGAGCUCGUCGAGUACCUCUCGUUCAUGGAUGUCACGUUGUGCAAGGGAAAAAUGAUCUCCGACAUUUGCUGGCAUCCGAUGUGGUCUGGCACCAUCGCAAUCGCCUACUGCGCGGUCAGCCCGAACAUUUUCAAUGUGGGCGCGGCCAAGGACGACGAGGUGUACAGGGCGGUGCAUACGGUGAAUCUGGUGCUGAUUUGGAGCUUCCUGGACGGGCUCAAGCCGCGAUUGGUGCUCGAGUCGCCCCGCGAGGUCUACAAGGUGUCCUUCUGCGGGUUUGACGAGAAUGUGCUGAUUGGCGGCUGCAGGAAUGGGCAGGUGGUAAUCUGGGACAUUCGCAACAAGCUCCAGAGGGUGGAGGAAAAGGAGGUGCUGACCACCGCGCAGCAAAAGUACCGCAGCUACUUGCACUCGCUGAUGGGCUGGAUGAAGGACACGCACGACGUUUCGAUCGUGCGCCCGGCCGCCGUCUCCGAGCUGCGCCACUCGCACAAGGCCGCCGUCACCGGCGUCUCCUGGGUGGACCCGCAUUUCCAGUUCACGCGCACCGGCAAACUGGGGCGGGCGGACGCCCCCCCCACCUACUCGAUGCAGUUCCUCACCACCGGCCUGGACGGCGCCGUCCUCAUCUGGGACCUGCAGGACUCGCCCACCAUCCAAUCGGGCGGCUACAAGCCGAAGCGGCUGCGCCGCCUCCAGAAGCGCCCCAGCGCCCUCCAGGUGGACGAGUCGCCCUUCAGGGCGUUGCACCUCAACCUGAAGCCGCGCUACCGCAUCAGCGCCAAGGGGCGGGGCGUGGCCAUCACGCGAAGCUCCACCUCCUUCUGUCGCCUGCGCUACGCGGAGGCCAAUCCGGACGCGAGUCGGCGCUUUGACAUGCGCGAGCGCAUCAUCUACCGCCCCCUGUUGGACGCGCAGCGCCACCUCCGCCCCGAGAUCAAAAUCGGAACCACUGAAGGCGAGUACGCGCAGCUGGCGUGGGAGGGGCAGGACUUCGACUCGGGCGAGGUGGUCAACUGCGAGGUGGGCGUCUACCUGGACCGCGCCCAGUACCACGACGGGCCCAUCAUCUCCAUCUGCACCUGCAAGGAGAGCGGGUUCACCUUGACGGUGGGCGGCAAGGUGUUCGCCCUGUGGCGGGGCGACUUCCCUGGGCGCCCCCUCCUGUGGAGGCGCAGCCGCCACUUCUACACCAAGGGCGAGCUCAACCCGUUCCAGCCGUUCACCAUCGUGCUCCACUCGGUCACCGGGGCGCUGACGCGCUGGAUCCUCCCCCUCAACAGCAGGUCGCCCAUCUUCCACCAGGUGAUGUCGAACGGGUUCCUGACGGCUGCAGCGGUGCAGCCGCACGCGCAGCAGAAGACCGUCUACGGCAUCGGCGACGAGCAGGGCGCCUUCCGCCUCUUCUACCUCAAGCAGCCGACGGCCGCCUACGCGGAGGGCGUCGCCAGGGCGAUGCAGACGUUCGUGCAGAGGGAGGUGCAGCGCAAGCGGCUGUUCUGGGAGUGGCAGGCGGCGUUCAACGGGCGGCACGAGGGGCGGCUGGUGCAGCGGCGCCAGGAGGAGGCGGCCGCCCGCGCGCAGGAGGAGGCGGCCAAGGAGGCGCAGCGCACCGAGCUGGCSAAGGUGGAGGAGCGGCCGAUCAGGAGGGGCCCCCUACCGGGCCGCUACAUGGAGUGGACGAUGGAGCAGCGGCAGGCGAAGGAGGAGGCGCGCAUCAAGGCCAUGAUCAUCACCAAGAAGCAGCUGGACACCAAGGAGCUGGAGAAGAGGCGCAAGCCCCUCCAGAAGCUGGACGAGGAGAACGAGCGCAAGAAGCGCAAGCAGAAGGAGCGGCUGAAGCAGGGCGAGACUAUUUUCCAGCACACCGUUGCCAGCUUGUUCCCCGACGUGGUCAAAGGGCGACCGCCCCAGCCGCCCGAUCCGUACGCGGGCGGCGACUCCCACGCCGCCCAGCUGGACUGUUUCCAGCGCUACCAGCAGCUGCAGGAGGCGAUGGAGCGUUUCAUCCCCGCGCACCCUCUUCAGUACGAGUUCAGCUUCAAGAACCUGCUGGUGGCCAGCAGGGCCAAGGACCAAAGCUGCUUCCGGGCGCAUGCCCACACCAGGCGGCGCCGCCUGGAGCGGCAACAGCGCACGCCGGAGGAGCCGGAGGGGCGGCCCGGGGAGGAGGAGCCGGCCGACUUGGAGGAGCGCGAGCUAAUCGAGGAAAUGGAGGACAUUGUCUAGCAAAUAAAAGCCAUUUAAACCUC